AUAAUCCUCUUCUUCCUCCUUUUCUCAACUGUUUCUAAUAUUUGCUCAGCCACAGAGGAUUACAAUACAUGGGUAUCUUGGCACGUCAAAAAUUACAAGAAAAAAUCUCUACAUAAUUUGAAAAAACCAGACUACUACUCAACUAAGGUACCAAUGACGAGCUACUCUUCCGACUGGAAACUGCGUACGGCUGAGAUGAACAGGAUGGAGAUAACUGUCAGCCAAGACGGCCGCGGAGAUUUCACCACCAUUGGAGAAGCAAUCCACACCAUUCCUUUCUACAAUACUCGUAGGGUCGUCCUGCGUAUUAAUUCUGGUGUUUAUAGGGAGAAGGUGAAUAUACCUAGAACAAUGCGUUUCGUUACAUUGGUGGGAAAUGGGAGUGUUCCUCCAACCAUCACCGGAAACGACACGGCGUCAACGGUGGGAGGAAGGACUUUUCAAAGUGCUACCGUUGCCGUUGAUGCCGAUUACUUCAUGGCUAUCAACGUCAAAUUUGAGAACACGGCUCCACACGUGGUGGGGACGGUGGGGGGACAAGCGGUGGCGCUGCGAAUAUCGGGAACGAAAGCCGCAUUCUACAACUGCAGCUUCUACGGCAGCCAAGAUACACUUUACGAUCACAAGGGACUCCAUUAUUUCAGUAAUUGCUUUAUUCAAGGCUCCGUCGAUUUCAUCUUCGGCUACGGCACUUCUCUCUACGAGAAUUGCUAUUUGAACUCGGUGACGAAGAAGGUUGCGUCAGUGACAGCUCAAAAGCGGUCAAAUUCAUCGAUAUCGAGUGGGUUUUCAUUCAAGAACUGCACGGUGAGCGGCAGUGGAUCCAUUUAUUUAGGAAGAGCAUGGGGCGAUUAUUCAAGGGUUGUAUUUUCAUACACUUAUAUGGAUAAAGUCGUGCUUUCUCAAGGAUGGAGCGAUUGGGGCAAAACAAGUCGUGACCAGAAAGUGUACUAUGGGGAAUACAAGUGUGAUGGAGCAGGGGCUAAGUUGACAGGUCGAGUACCGUGGGUAAGAGUGCUCACCGAUGAAGAAGCCCUCCCUUUUAUCGGCACCUAUUUUAUCGACGGCGACACUUGGCUUAUCAACCCUUCUUCCUAUCAUAUCACUUCUUAGUUUUUUCAAUCUCCAAAUUU